UUUUUUCUUUCCUUUUUUGAAUAGUUUGUUUCUUCCAGAAUGGCUUGUUCUAGAGCUUGCUCAGGGGAAAAUGGAGGACAGGCAACUUCUCAGAGUAACGGUGGUGAUAAUGAAAGACAAUGGCAGCAGGAACGCCUCAACAGAGAGGAGGCUUAUUAUCAAUUUAUUAAUGCACUCACUGAUGAAGACUACAGGUUAAUGAGGGAUCAUAACCUUCUUGGGACUCCAGGGGAAAUAACAGCAGAUGAGCUGCAGCAACGUUUGCAAGGUGCAAAGGAAAAUCAGGCAUCCCAGUCUGAGCCAGAAAGUAGAGAAUGGGAAGGUGAUACUGCUGGAUAUUCAGAGAUGCUUGGGGAAAACAUAACCAGCAACUCUUUGUUAGAGUGGUUGAACACAUUCCAUCAUACAGGAAAUUCCAUGCAUAGUGGACAGAGUGGGAACCAGACUUGGAGAGCUGUAAGCCAGGCAAACCCAAGUAGUGGAGAAUUCCGGUUUAAUCUUGAAAUAAAUAUAAAUCAUGAACAGACCAAUGAUACUACUCCUGGAGAACAACUGAAUGAGUUCUUGUAUGGCCAUUCCAGUAGAAUGCAUAUGGAAAAUAGAUCUUUAAUUGCAAAUAGCCCAGUAGCCAGCCGAACUAGGAGCAGGACAUUAGGUAAUUCUGUUGGACAUGGAUUUGCCUCAACAGGAAUUGGAAAUAUUAGUGGUUUGCUGACUCAGAAUGCUGAAGAAACUUCUCGAUUCUUCUCUGGUAGACUUGGAACUAGAAACAGAAGUUCAGCAGGUUCAACACCCAACAGCCUUUUAGAUGACAAUGAACACAACAUCAUCAGGCAAAGGAGAACACAGAGAGUGACACCGGUAAGACUUCACAGAGGGAGAGCUAGAACUCGGAGAAAUGCAAGGCAAAGGACAGAGAUUUUAAGACUAAGAUCAACUUUUAGUAGUCAAUUCCAGUCUCUUUUGGAAAGUGGGCAACCAAUGAAUAUACAACAAAUACAGGCAGGAGCUAAUAGGGCACACAUAACCCAGUCCUCUCCAGAACAAACUGAGGAGCAAGCACCAUCACUGGGUAUAACUUUGGAAGAGGAAGAAUCUGUAAGAGCCACAGCUGCAUCUAGAAGGCAUCCUAGUAUUACAUUAGAUCUUCAGGUGAGAAGGAUUCGUCCCAGAGAAAAUAGAGAUCAUGACAGUAUUGCGACUAGAACUCGUUCAAGAGUGGGCUUGGCAGACAACCUGGUCACUCUUGAAAGUGAUAAUGAAGGAUUUAUUCAGAAUGUUUCACGUUCUGAACAUGCAGGCAUACGGACGUAUGUUAACACCAUAAGGAUACCUCUUCAUAGGGUGUCAGAUACUGGGCUUGGUGAGUCUUCAUCAGUGGCUGUCAGGUCAAUUUUAAGGCAAAUUAUGACUGGAUUUGGAGAGCUAAGCUCCUUAAUGGAUACAGAAACAGGUUCUGAAAUUGAGAGGAAUAGUCAGCACUUGUCAGAUAUGCAGCCCCAAAUGCCUAACUUGGACACUUUAAAUAAUACUGAUGAAUUUAAUGCGACUUCACAUAGGAAUAGAUUAACAGAACAAGGUAGCGGGGAAAGGCAAAGGCAUGGAGAGACAAAUACUACCCAACACCAUCAAAAUAAUAACACACAAAAUAGCAGAGCAUCAUUUGUUGAAAAUGGAACACUUCCCAUCCUUCGCCUUGUACCCUACCUUUUAUUAGAAGAAGAUUCUAGUGACAACUUGAGAGGAUUAACCAAAGACCAGAUUGAUAAUCUUUCUACCCGGAAUUAUGGGAAUGCCCAUUCAGAAGAUGAUGAAAUAAGUAAGAUGUGUAGUGUAUGCAUUAAUGAAUAUGUUGUAGGAAACAAGCUAAGGCAGUUACCAUGUACGCAUGAAUUCCAUUUUCAUUGUAUUGAUCGCUGGCUUUCUGAAAAUUCCACUUGCCCAAUUUGUCGGCAACCUGUAGUAACUUAACAUUGCAGGCAGUAUAUAAACCCUCAAAUCCAGAGGCCUCUUUUUUACUGACUUUGAAUAAUAAGAGGAGAUGUUUUAGAUAUGUUUAAAAUAGGAGAAAAUCUGAUUAUUUGAUAAAGGACCUACCUAACUUCCAAGUACAGGUGUAAGAGUAAAUAUUCAAAUUACCUUAAUGAAAUUAUAUUUUUCUAUAUAAUUUUGUUAUGCAAAGCACUUCUGUAAUAUAGACAUUCAGGAGUUUAUGUUAUUAAUAACAUACUUUUAUUGAGAUUUUCAUUUGUUUUGUGCAGUUAUAAAAUAAUUUUAUUAGCUAUUCUAUAAAUAGUCCCCCUUUUUAUGUUGCCAAAGAUGGAACAUUGGGGCACCUAGCAAAAGGUACUUGUUAUUUGAAGUGCUUUUAAUAUACAAUGUAUAUUUUUAUGGAAUACACUGCACAUUUGGCUUUAUUUAAAUGUUUUAUAGGCAGUUUUGCAUGCUUCGUAUACCGUUUCCCAUUGACACAUUACGGUUUAAAUUUUAAGACCAACUGAAAUUUAAUUCAGUCACCUGAUUUGGACAUUCUGCAUUUUAGCAUAUUCAGCCAUGAGGCUAGAGUGGAUGAUUGCUAAUCCACACUUGCCAGUCCUCUGUUCAUUUCAGAACAUUAUUUAAAGAAAAGAAAGCAUAUAUAUAAUAUAGCUUAGCAGCACUUUGGAUACAAAAGGAAAAUGAUGCUUUGGAGUGUGCAGGAGUCUCACGUGACCCUCGGCAACUUCUUGAAGGAACGGUGUCUUGUCUUUAGGUCAUGCACCCAUCCUCUACACCUGCAGCUUAGCCCUGAGAAAGAGGCUUUGAUUAAGUGAGUUGUCAAGAGAUGCUACCUAAGUGCCCCUGCGUGCUCCAAAGCAUUGUUUUUUCCCUUCAAAGCACUGCACAUCCCUGAUAUUUAAUGUAUUUGACACACAUGAGAACAGACUAAUUUUUAAAAGAAUUUUAAUUUCUACAUGAAUGAGGGCAAUGAUAAGUACUUCCUUACACCAUGCAUGAUUCCCUUUUUUUUAAGCAAUACUAUCAGUUUGCUGUGAACAAAGAGCAUGUAACUAUCACUAUCUUAAAAUGGAGAACUUCCUGAGGAUUUUGUUGUUAAAGAAAAGAAAAUGUAUGUUUACUGUAAGAUACCAGAAACACCUGUAUUCUUGGGUUGAAGGCAUAUUAUACCAAUACUUGAUAAAGGAAUAAAACUACAAAAAUGGAAGAA